UCAACUGGGACUUCAACUGUAUUUGAACAUAAAACAUUUGAUUUCUGAUCAUUUGUUUUAAAUGGACAAUGAAGAAGAUGGAGAACACUUUAAUGAAAACCAGCCACUAAACUUUAUAAGGAAUUUACCGGAAUUUCAAGAAAACAUUCAUGUGUUGUUGCAGCAUCUACAGAAUGGGGGAAUAAAUAGUGACGUAUAUAAUUUGAGGGAGGAGGGGUUGGGCAACAUUCAUGGUGACUAUAACAAUAAUGAUGAGAAUGUUGAUAACAAUGAUAGGGGUGCAGAAGAUGCCGGAGUUCAGGUUUACCAGGGUGUAGAGGAUCAGGUUUAUCAGGGUGUAGAGGAUCAGGUGUACCAGGGUGUAGAGGAUCGGGUUUACCAGGGUGUAGAGAAUCAGGUUGAUCAGGGUGUAGAAGAAGAUGACCCUCUGCCUAGAUGGUUCAGUGAGGAGGAUGGACAGGACAUUCAUAAGAGAAGUAGCAAACAUGUCAGAUGGUGGGAUGAGUCUGAUGACAGCAGCUCUGAUUCCAGCAGCACUGAAAAUGAUCAGAGCAGUGACGAGAACAGAAGCCCAGUCAAAUGUGCAAGUGCUGAAACUGAGGACCCUCUUCCUGGACCAUCCAGGAGAAGAUCAUGUGACAAUGAUACAGACAGAACAGGCCGAGAUCUUGCUCACAGAAGUACUAGUGCUGCUGAUCUGGCUGAAAAGGCUGCUUUCAUGGAGUCAAUUGAGUCAGAUGACCCACAGUUAGAGGAGGGAGGCAAACUGCCAGGACCACCGAAAAAGACGUAUAGGAAGAGGUCAAGGAUGAUCUCAAGGAAGAGGGUGAAGAAGAGGGUGAAGAAGAAGGUGAAUGAGACGAAAAGGAACACUGAUAAGAGCAGCAAAAAACUCAGAUGGUGGGGUGAGUUUGAUAUCAGCAUCCUCGAUUUUUACAGUGACGAUCAUAACACUGGCGAGACCAAAAGAAAUGCAAGUGAUGAAACUGAGGUUGUCGAAAAGGACCUGCAAACGAUUCAGAUAAGGAAUGAAGAUUCUGACUAGGAUUGAUUGAAUGACUUAUUUAGUCUGUCUUCUCUCCUUAUGUUCUGACUUAAUCAGUGUCAAAUAUCCUUGUAUGGGUUUCCCCCGGGUGUUCUGGUUUUUCCCAAGCCUUGCAAUAAAAUUGCU